AUGGCUUCAAACGCUCCUUCUUCUGCCAAUGGAGAGCAGAACAAAUUCUUCGAAGAUUUCGGCGUUUGGAAAGAAGCUCCUAUACUUACAGGAAGCACCAAAUUCACACCAUUGCCGGAAGUGAAGAAUAUCAUGAUUACAGGAGGGGCUGGAUUCAUUGCAUGUUGGCUGGUACGACAUUUGACAUUGACCUACCCCGAUGCAUAUAAUAUCGUAUCAUUUGAUAAAUUGGACUACUGUGCUUCAUUGAACAACACUCGAGCACUGAACGACAAGCGCAAUUUCACCUUCUACCAUGGUGACAUUACAAACCCAUCAGAAGUUGUCGACUGCCUUGAACGACACAACAUUGACACCAUCUUUCAUUUUGCGGCACAAUCUCACGUUGAUUUGAGUUUUGGUAAUUCUUAUGCGUUUACCCAUACAAAUGUUUAUGGUACCCACGUUCUUCUUGAGAGUGCCAAAAAGGUUGGGAUCAAGAAGUUUAUUCAUAUCUCUACAGAUGAAGUCUACGGGGAGGUGAAGGAUGAUGACGAUGACCUCUUGGAGACCAGCAUUUUGGCACCUACCAAUCCUUACGCGGCGAGCAAGGCAGCAGCAGAGAUGUUAGUGCAUUCUUACCAGAAGAGCUUCAAGCUACCCGUGAUUAUUGUUCGCAGCAACAAUGUUUACGGUCCUCAUCAAUACCCCGAGAAAAUCAUUCCCAAAUUCAGUUGCUUGCUCCAACGUGGACAGCCCGUUGUUUUACAUGGAGAUGGAACUCCUACCCGAAGAUAUCUUUUCGCUGGCGACGCAGCCGAUGCAUUUGAUACCAUUCUUCACAAAGGCACCAUGGGACAGAUCUACAAUGUUGGCUCAUACGAUGAGAUAUCCAACUUGACAUUAUGCUCGAAAUUACUCACGUACUUGGACAUUCCCCACAAUACCCAGGCUGAGCUCCACAAGUGGGUCAAGCAUACCCAAGACCGACCUUUCAACGACCAUCGAUAUGCUGUCGAUGGAAACAAGCUUCGACUAUUAGGCUGGGAUCAAAAGACCAGUUUCGAGGAUGGCAUGGCCAUUACGGUUGACUGGUAUAAGCGAUUCGGUGAAAGAUGGUGGGGUGAUAUCACCAAGGUCCUUACUCCAUUCCCCACAGUUGCUGGAUCGGAAGUGGUGGGUGACGAUCAUAGUGUUGAGGAAGUCAAGGAGGAAAUGAUGAUUGAUGCUGAUGAUAAUAUGAUUUUGGGCAAGAACAGAAAAUUGAAUGGCGUUUCCAGUGAGAGGGGUCAGACAGUCGAGGUUUAG